AUGGCCUCCAACUCUGAUGCUCCGCCCGCGGCGGCCACAGAGGCUGUCCUCGUCAAAUCCGAAGAGAUGCCCAAGGAUGCCCAGAAGGUUGAGGAGCUGGACUUCAACAAGCUCAAGGGUCCCAUCACUGCAGAGGAUCUCUUCGAGGGCAUGCGCCACAUGGGGUUCCAAGCGUCUUCCAUGUGUGAAGCCGUGAGGAUCAUCAACGACAUGCGUGCGUGGAAAGACCCCGAGACUGGUGACAAGACCACCAUCUUCCUGGGCUAUACUUCCAAUCUCAUCUCGUCGGGUCUUCGAGGUGUCUUGCGCUGGCUCGUAGAGCACAACCAUGUCUCGUGUAUCGUCACCACUGCUGGUGGUGUCGAGGAAGAUUUCAUCAAGUGUCUUGCCGACACCUACGUUGGCUCUUUCAGCACCCCUGGAGCCGAUCUCCGUCGCAAGGGUCUCAACCGAAUUGGAAAUCUCGUGGUUCCAAAUGCCAACUACUGUGCCUUCGAGGAUUGGGUCGUUCCUAUCCUUGACAAGAUGCUUGAAGAGCAAGAGGCCAGCAAGGGCACGGAAGAGGAAAUUAAUUGGACACCAUCCAAGGUAAUUCACCGCUUGGGUAAGGAGAUAAACGACGAGCGAUCCGUCUAUUACUGGGCGUAUAAGAACAACAUCCCUGUGUUUUGCCCCGCCAUCACCGAUGGCAGUCUGGGCGAUAUGCUCUACUUCCAUACUUUCAAGUCCUCGCCUCAGCAGUUGAAGAUCGAUUUGGUCGAGGAUAUCCGUCGCAUCAACACGAUUGCUGUUCGAGCCAAGCGAGCCGGUAUGAUCAUCCUCGGAGGCGGUAUCGUCAAGCACCACAUUGCCAACGCAUGCUUGAUGCGCAACGGCGCCGAAUCAGCUGUCUACAUCAAUACAGCACAAGAGUUCGACGGUAGUGAUGCUGGUGCCAGGCCAGAUGAAGCUGUAUCAUGGGGCAAAAUCAAGAUCGGAGCGGACAACGUCAAGGUCUACAUGGAGGCGACAGCCUGCUUCCCCUUUAUUGUUGCAAAUACGUUUGCAAAGGACAUCGGGAAGGAGGAUCAAAAAUAA